GAGAGAGAGAGAGAGAGAAAGGAAGAGAGACAGCCCUGAAGGAGGGAAACUCCCUCCUAUAGUCUUUUUCAUAGGACGGACAAAAGUGUGCACCCAGCGGGCUGCCAGCACAGCUUGCCAGUAAAGCCAAAGCUUUCUCAACCGUGAUUUCAUUUCCAGCAGGAUCAGCAGUCUAGUCCGUUUGCAGUUCAUUUUUUACAGUGAGCUGCGCCAUUGAUGGGGUUAGUAAAAAGAGGGAGGAACAACCAAUGUGUUUGUCUUGCCUGUUAAAAUCUGCAGAGGAAUUUCAGCAGGCAGAGAAAUCUACAGCCUGACACAAUCUGAAGGAUGAUACACGGAUUACAGUCCAAGGCAACCAUGCAAGCUGGAGGAUACCAACGGAGCAACGUUGUGUUCACGUUGACUUUACUGGUCCUGUUGGAGGUCUGCAGGGUACAGGGCUGUUGGGUUGGCUCAGGGUCGGAGUGUGAGAAAGCCCCCUUUGUCCCGGGUCACAACCUGGCAGGAGAGGGUUUCGAUGUGGUGCGGAUGCGUCGCACAGGGGCCUACGUCAUCAAUGUCAAAGCACAUCUGGCCGACAACCACACCUGUACACUGUGUCCAAACCGCUUCCAAGGAGGACAGAUUCAGAGGCUCCCAGCUGCAGUGCUUGACUGGCGUCCGUUUAGCCGCUGCAGUAAGCAGCUCUCUAGUGCCCUCCACCACUCUGUGGACUCCCUGCUGCGGAGCUCCAGCUCCCUGGUUAACAACAACUGGGGCCUGGGCUUGAGUUUAGAAAACGUCGGCAGGGCAGUGCUGGGAGGAAGCCGCUCAGAGUUGGCAAAGUUUGCCCGUUCGCAGCACAGCGUGGACAAGGCCACGUUUGCCAUCCAUGAAAUCAGUUGCACCUACUACAGCUACAGACUGGCUGAUCAUCCCCAGCUGAGUGCAGAGUUCACGAAGCAUCUAAAGAGACUCCCACAGAGCUUCAAUACAAGCCAGAACAGAGCCCUAUAUAGACGGCUGAUAGACACAUAUGGAACACACUACAUACACCAGGUCCAGCUUGGUGGUAAGGUGAGGCGAAUCACUGCCUUCAGGACCUGCCUGGCCACACUGAAGGGUUUCUCCGAGUCGGACAUCAAAAGCUGCCUGAAUGUUGAACUCCGAAUGGCCCUCGGUUUCCUCCCUGGCAAUGCCUCCUUCUCCAACAAGUGCGAUGACCUCCUGAAGGGCAACAUGAGCAUGGGCUUCUACCAAGGCUUCAUGACCCAUAAGAUUGAGGUCAUCGGAGGGGAGAAGUAUUUCCCCGACAUCCUCUACCAGGAGGACCCAUCUGAAGCGUACCAGAGGUGGAUGAGCAGCCUCCACAACAACCCUGAUGUGGUUUCUUACGCCAUCUUCCCUCUGCACCACCUGGUGGAGGACUCCCAGAUCAGUGCUAAUCUGAAAAGCAUCGUCACAGACUAUAUUAAAGAGAACCAGCUGCAGGAGAACCAGGUCGGUUUCAAGAACUGCUCACCGACUCCCAACCUGGACCAUAACUGCUGUCCUCUACGGGCCGGCAGAGGAACUCUCAGACUGGAGAUCCAGAGGGGAGCAGGUCUGAGGGCAGACAGCUUCACGAAAACAGACGCCUAUGUGAAGAUCUUCUACAACGGCAUGUACGAGGAGACCGAGACAGUGAUGGACAACAAUGACCCAGUGUGGAAUGUGACUUACAACUUUGGAUCCGUGGAACUGGGUCAGGUGUUGAGGUUUGAAGUCUGGGAUAGAGACGUGUUUUACAAUGACGUAGCGGGUAUAUGUGUGGUGUUCCCCGAGCGAGGAACUCACGCUCUAAGCUGUCAGCUCAGCAAAGGAGUGCUCUAUUUCACCUACACCAUCAAAUGUGAUGCUCACUUGACAGGCUUCAGGUGUGGACGGUACUCCCCUAAUGCCGAGUAGAUUAUUAGAUAACAUGUUAAUGUAGAUUUCAGCAUUUUCUUCGCACAUAACGUGAACACUUUCAAGUAUCAGAUUUAAUCUCCCAUUCAUUUUAACUGGAAUCAUUUGUCAACAUUUUGUAUGCCAAACAAACUCCCGCCUUUUCUCACAUACAUCUUCUGUAAUUGUUGGUCAGUUUUGUUUAGUUUUUUUUUUUUAAAAAAGGUAACUUACCUUUAAUAUUUCAGUAUUAACUAACCAAAGUUUAAGUCUUUGUGCAUCUGCUACACACAAAUAAAGUGAUUCUGAUUUAGGACA